AUGAUGGAUUCUGCGCCUUCUCUCGUCUCCCAAAAGUCUUCGGACUCGGGUCUCCACAUUCAGCUUCACCCACUGGUGCUUCUCACCAUCUCCGACCAUAUCACCCGCCAUGCAGCACGGCAGCAGCAGGGUCCAAUUAUUGGGGCUCUGUUGGGCCAACAGAAUGGACGGGAAAUAUCACUGGAGCAUGUUUUUGAAUGCCCGGUCACAACCGCAGAUAACGGCGAGGUACUUCUCCCUUCAGCAUGGUUCGAGGAGCGAUUGAAACAGUUCAAGGAUGUACACAAAGUCCCCUCUCUCGAUCUGGUGGGAUGGUGGUCAGCUGCACCAACAUCCGGACCUGACGCCUCGCACCUCCCCAUCCACAGUCAGAUCCUCCAAGACCACAACGAGUCGGCCGUCUUCCUCGCAUUCCACCCCUCGCAGGUUCAAUCGCGAAUACACGGCGCCAAGCUCCCAUUGACAAUCUACGAGAGUGUGCUUGAAGGUGAAAAUGUGGCCGAAGCGGCCAAGGACAUGCAAAUAGACGGCGCGGAGCCGGUGCUGAACAUCCGGUUCCGCGAGCUGCCAUAUUCCGUGGAGACUGAGGAGGCUGAGAUGAUCGGUGUUGAUACCAUCGCUCAGACUGCUGUAACUGCAUCUCGGAGCGAGAUUACUUCACAAGGGACCAGCGCAGCAACGGGCCAGAAGGCCGCAGAGAAGGAACAGAAGAGCUCGCAGGCUGAGCUAACGCAGGAGGAAGAAGAGCUGAUCGCAAACCUGAACACCCGCAUUAACGCCAUCCGCACCCUUGAAUCCCGCAUCUCGCUCAUCAAAUCCUACGUCUCCAGCAUCUCCGCCUCUGAAUCAAGGACCGCCAAGGACGACCCAAGCACCGUAAAGCUGUCCCAUCCCAUUCUCCGCAAUAUCAACUCCCUCAUUUCGCACCUCUCCAUCCUCUCUCCUCACGAACAAAGUACUUUCUCCACAGAAGUCCUCUCCCAAAAUAACGACGUCAUGCUGGUCUCCCUGCUCGGUCAAAUGGGCGAAAGUGUCAACGCUAUGCGCGAGCUGGGUCGUAAGUCGGCAACUGUACAGUCUGCGCGUCAAACUGCAAGCGCGCGCAAGAACCCCAGCCUCGCGGCGAGAACCUUUGAGGACGAGCUCUUUGCCCAUGCCGCUGUUCCUCACGGUGCAGAGGCAGGUGGGAUGUAUUCUUGA